AUAUGGAAAGAUCGAUCUUCCUCUCGCUGUUUUAGUGCGAAGAUCAAGGGAUUUGUGUUGAUUUUUGUUUUUGAAGAAAGAACGCAAAUUUUUAUUUCUCCAGAGAUAAAUUAAAAAGAGAAAAUAGAUCUUGAAAGAUCCUUUUAGAACUUUGAAGUUUUCUUGAAUUGCUGCUUUAAGGAGAAAGACUUGUGCAGGGAAACCGAUUAACAGCAUCACUUCUUCUAUUCAUUCUUUUACAUUUUUCCGUUUGCAGAGAAGAGAAAAUGUCAACACCGAACUCGCCAUGUGCAGCCUGCAAAUUUCUAAGGCGAAAAUGCACGCAAGAAUGCGUUUUUGCACCUUAUUUUCCACCAGAUCAACCUCAGAAAUUCGCAAAUGUUCAUAGAGUAUUCGGGGCAAGUAACGUCGCUAAGCUUCUAAAUGAGCUUACCCCAACUCAACGAGAAGACGCAGUUAAUUCCCUUGCUUAUGAAGCAGAAGCUCGUCUCCGCGAUCCAGUCUAUGGAUGUGUAGGUCUAAUCUCAAUCCUUCAACACAGACUCAAAGAAUUACAAGGUGAUCUUUAUAACGCCAAGAAAGAGCUUGCACAGUAUAUUGGUCCUCAAGCAAUGCUUCCUACUCUUCAAUCGCCACCGUACAUGGCAGCGCAACCUGCCAACUUGGGUAAUCCUUCACCUUCUUUAAUACAGCACGGCGGUUUGCCUAUAAUGGGUAUUCCUACAGGUCAAUUGUCGGUGCGCGAACAACAGCAACAACAGCGAGUUUAUGAUGCCCAGCAACUGGCUGCGGCUUUGGCUGCAAGAGAGCAGCAGGAGAUGUUUAGGGUUUAUGAGCAUCAACAGCAGCAGCAAGAGAUUGUUAGGUUUAAUCGAGGUUUUGAUUCUUCCGAUUCGGUUAAUAAUAAUAAUAAUAAUACAACUGGGUUUAAUCAGAUUGCUGUUGCUGCUAUGUCACCUUCUUUAGCUUUAGGUUCUUUUGAUAUUACCCCUUAUCAGAUUCAACCAGAACAAAUAGAUCAGCACCACCAUCUUCAAGCACAGCUUUUUCUGCAAUCAGAACAAGAAGAACAGCAAUCUCAACCUACCCAACAACCGAAGCAUCAAAGGUCUGGAAGUGACGAAGGAGGAUGUGUGGUUCCAUCUUGUUAAUAUUCUCUAAUUUAAGAAAUUUUCUAUUCUAACUAGGUCAUAAAUGCAAUUAAUACAAAUAUGAACUUAUAGAUAAGGAGAGACUAGAGAGAGAUGUGCAUCUGAGAUCUUAGUCAGCAUAAUUUUUUGGGUUUGAUAAAGAAGAAGACUUUGUGUGGAAGAUAGCAUUUUUCAAAUGUAGAAUUGCUUUGAUAUUCGAGAAUACAACUUUAUUUUUAUUUUUAUUUUUAUUCUUUUUUCAUUUUGGUAGAGACAAGGAGAAUAUAUGGUUAAUUAGUUUUUUUUUUUUCAUUUUUUUAUUACAAAUAUCGCAUACAGUAUAUGCAAAUUAGAAGUUGUGAAGUUCUUUCUAAAACUUUAGUGAUAGUUUCUUAAUGUCAA